AUGUCGGAGAGAACGCGGACAAGAAUUUCAAAGAGCAUCGCCUGUCGCAGAUGCCACGGCAGGAAGGUCAAGUGCUCUGGGGGAGUCCCUUGCACCAACUGUCGCCAGGCAAAUAAAUCAGGCGAAUGCAUCUAUCCCCGAAAGUCGCGUCUUGUCAAAGUCAGCGAGCAAUAUAUCGAGGAUCUGGUCUCCGAGAACCAGCGACUACGAAGAUCGUCUUCACGGCCUUUAAACGAAGAGGGCACUGCCCUGGAAAAGGCCCCUGUUCUCGCUGAAGCUCCCUGGUUUGUAAAUGCAGAUGCCCUUCACACGCCGAUAUUGGUCGCCGAAGCCUCAGACUCGGCCUUUGCAACGCGCUUUCGACAGGCCAUGUCAAGUGCCCAACAUGGCCAUCUGCCCCGAGUCAACUUCCCCAGUGAUGAGCAGCUGCUGGCGUUGUCGGAUACGCCAUGUCCAUGGCCUACGCCUGCUCGUGCACGACUUCUCGUCCGAGCAGCUGUAAAUGGCCUCGGUCGGUGCUAUCAUAUUGUUCGACGGAGCUCGAUUCUGCAAGAAGUCGAAUCCGCCAUGCACAACCGGUCACAAAUUGGAUUGGUAAUGAAGAGUAAGUUAUGGGUUGCGUUUGCAGUCGGCGAGAUGUAUACGACCAGGACGUCAACCUCCGAGCGAACAUUCCCCGGUCUGCACUAUUUUUGCAAAGCAACGAACGUUACUAGGAUGGUCAGCGAAAGGCCUAGUGUGGAUAUGGUUGAAACUCAACUGCUCCUGUCGAUAUACUCGCUCUUCCUCAACCGACGACACGCAGCAUACAGUCUAGCAGGCUCUGCUGUACGGCUGGGAGUGAUAAUGGGACUCCAUCUCAACAUCCCCGAGUACCAGCUGAGCGAUUCAGGCGAACGCGAGCACCGGAAUCGCAUCUGGUGGACGGCAUAUACCCUCGAGCGCAUGUGGGCAGCGAAACUAGGAUAUCCGGCUGCAGUCCGAGACGACGAGAUCGAGGUGAAUCUCCCAUCUAACCCAGAACAUGUCGACGACAGCAGCGCAUCAGACUUUGCGGAUUGUGCAUAUUUCAUCGCCCGGAUUGGGCUUGCCAGGCUGUCCACCCGCAUUAUCCACUCCAUAUAUCGCCAGAAGGCGGACGCGCCGUCUUUAUCUCGCCGCGUCCAGGAUUCCUUUGGAGAGCUUCGAAGGUGGUUGAAGGAACUGCCAGUGUCACUCCAGAUUGAGACUAAGGGAGAAGGGGAGUUGGAUCCUAGGGUCAGGUCGCUCCAUCUCCUAUUCAACCAGCUCGUUAUCAUUGCCACGCGGCCAAUUCUGCUGCACGUCCUUCGAACACACCUAGAAGCCAGUGGACAAACCCCCAGUAUCGAACCCAAUAUCCCAGCAUCUGCUACUGCGCUGGCUGAGACCUGUAUCCGCUGUGCUCGCCACUCAAGCCGUCUCCUGGUAGACAGCUGGACGAACGGGACAUUCAUGAUAUUCGACUACUUCUAUACCCAGUACUUGUUCUCAUCAGCCACCAUCCUCGGUUUAUCAACACUGCUAGACAGCAAGGAGCACCAGAGCGACGAAGAGCAAUUCGAAGUUGCUGCCGGAUUCCUUCAACAACUACGAGACAGCGGUAACUAUGCCGCUGCAGAGUUCUACCAACACCUUGAAGCGGCCACUGCUUUGAUGGAGACGACAAAGGUUCGUUUGGGCGUGCGUGAGGGUACCGCACCUGAAAUUCACCAGAACUCUCUUACUACCUCGGGCCUCAACCCCAGUGCUUUCGAAGGGGGGUCAUCUAUGGUGACUGAUUUCAUGACUGGUGGGACGGCGCUUUCUGAGCCACUGUUACAGGAGCUGCUGGAUCAGCCUCUGACGGACCUCGAGUUUAUUGAUUCGUCCAUGUAUCUCGAUGACCAGCAGGGAUUCUACUGGCCCAGUGCCACAUUAUAA